AUUUACAUGUGAAACAGGAAGCAGGUGAGCAGACAAAAGGCUGCAGAGGUGGUUUUUGUCAGGACUGUCUGAUCGUUUGGAGGAACAAUGCGUACUUGAGUUCAUCAGAGGGUGAGUACAAACAGAGGAGCUGCUGUUUACUGAUUGCAGAAGUUACAAUUUUCAGUUCAUGUUCAAACAUGGAGCAUGUGGGGGAAUGCAACCCUACACCUCUUUGCUGGGCUCCACCCUGCAGCUUCGCUCUGAUUGUGGGUGUUUCUGUGUUUGGAGCUGAGGGGCGGGCGGCUGACGUUCUCAGCAUCUAGGUGUGGCUUCACAGCUCUUCAGGGAGAUCCAGGAACUGCCGGCUGUCAGAAGCAGCAGCGGCUCAGAGAGGAAUCAUGGCAGAUCCAGCAGCAGAGGAAACCAAACAGCCGUGCGGCAGCUGCUCAGGUGAGCUGAGCGGAGUCGAACCUUCAGCCUGCGAUAAAGGAGGUCCGGACUGUCAGAAACACAACGGGGCCCCGGAGGCUCCUGAGAUCAGCAGCAAGGAGCAGCAGAGUCAGGAGGAGGUGAAGAUCCAAGAAGACCUGAAGGAGUCCGAGGACGACAGGAAGGAGGAUGAGGAGCCCAAAGACAAGGAGGUGAAGGAGGAGGAGAGGGAGGAGGUGAAGGAGGAGAAGGUGAAGGAGGAGGAGAAGGAGGAGGUGAAGGAGGUGAAGGAGGAGCCGCUGGGCCCCGAUGAUGUGGUGUGCGACUCCUGCAUCGAGAGCCCCUGCAAGGCCCUGAAGUCCUGCCUCACCUGCCUGGUGUCGUACUGCGAGGCCCACCUCCGGCCUCACCUGGAGAACCCCAAGUUCCAGAACCACCGUCUGGUGGAGCCGCUGAGGGACAUCGAGCGUCGGACCUGCGAGAGCCACAAGUGGCCCCUGGAGCUGUUCUGCUGCGCCGACGGCUGCUGCGUCUGUCAGGACUGUGUGACGGAGGAACACCGAGGACACAACACGGUCCCGGUGGAGGAGGCCCGGCGCCGCAUAGAGAAAGAGCUGAGGGAGAAGCAGACUGAGAUGGUGAAGACGGUGACGGCAGCAGAAAACGCCAUCAACAAACUUCAGCUCAACACCGUUUCUAUCGAGCACUCGGUGACGGAGGUGCGAGCCGUGAUCGAGAGCCAGUUCGAGGAGCUGCAGUCGGUGGUGGAGAAGGCCAAGAGGGAGGUGACGGAGAUCCUGGAGGGUGAAGAGAAGCAGGCGCUGAAGCAGGCCGAGGGCAUCCGGGUUCACCUGGAGCAAAGGUGCACCGAGCUGAAGAAGACCCAGAGUCAGAUGGAGAAGCUCUCCAAGAACAAAAACGACGUGGACUUCCUACAGGAGUAUUCGGAGUGGAAGAAAGAGGCCACGGACAUUUCCCUGCCGGGCGUCUACAUCGGCCUCAUGGAUCGCCUGAAUUCCUUCAGCCGGGUGAUAGUCGACUCCACUCAGGAGCUCUGCGCCAUGUUGGUGUCUUCGUACAUCGAGAAAGUCAAAGAAACCUGCAAAAAUGAUAAAAUGGGAAUAAAGACGACGGUCCAACAGAUUGUUGCACAGAAACAGAACCUGUCGAUACCUGAUCCAGUGACGCGUGAAGACUUCUUAAAGUACGCCGCCCACGUCAGUUUCGACGCUGACACGGCUCACAAGUUCCUGCGGCUGACGGAGGAAAACAGGAAGGUGACGAACACCACGCCCUGGCAGCAUCCUUACCCCGACGUCCCCGAGCGCUUCGAGAGCUGGCGGCAGGUCCUGGCGGCGGAGAGCUUCUACUUGGGCCGGCACUACUUCGAGGCGGACGUCAGCGGCGAGGGGACCCACAUCGGCGUCACCUACAAGAGCAUCGACCGCAAAGGCAGCGAGAGCAACAGCUGCAUCACGGGGAACAACUUCUCCUGGUGCGUCCAGUGGAACGGCCGGACCUUCUCGGCCUGGCACAGCGACGUGGAGACGCCGCUCAACGCGGAGAAGUUCACGCGGAUCGGCGUUUACGUGGACUACACCCGGGGCCUGCUGGCGUUCUACGGCGUGGACGAAAGCAUGACGCUCAUCCACGAGUACCAGGCCGAGUUCCUGGAGCCGCUGUACCCGGCCUUCUGGCUCUCCAAGAAGGAGAACAUCGUGGCUCUGGUGGCGCCUGGAGAACCUCUACCGCUGAAGAGCCCGUCUCCUCCCACCUCACCUGCAAACGGUGCUCCAGUUUAAUAAACGCUCACCUUCAGCUGGAUCUUUUAGGGACAUGAAACGACUGUACUGUCUCCCAGUAAUGGACUUGUUACCUGCAAAAUAAUGAGCAAACUCUUGCCGUGUUAGACAUGUUUACAGCAGAUAGUUUUAUUUUUAGAACUGAUCAUCUGUUUAUCUCGUGUACAUUUGGGCUCAGGUCAUAUUUAUACUCUACUGUGUAGCUUUGGGACUACUGUUACCACAAAUGUUUGACUAUAUUUUCCCAAUAAAAGUGUAUAUCUCUA